AAAACGACCAGCGCUGUCGUAAAUUAAGAAAUUGCCGUGGCAGCUGCGCCAGAGCCAUGAAGGGAGAGGGGCAUCACUUCGCUUGGGGUGGCAAAGGGGGGAAGGGCUGGAGGAAAGGUGCCUGGGCCAAAGGUGCCAAAGGUGCCAAGGGUGCCAAAGGGGCCAAAGGGGCCAAAGGGGCCAAAGGGGCCAAGGGUGAGGGCGCCGGCGCGAGGGGCAACACUUGGCAGAGCCUCAGCACCGAGCUUUUGGAAGAGGGCGAGGAGAUUCGCCUCCGGCGAUUUGAUGCGACCGUGGUGGGCCCGUUUGUUGUAAAGCACGCCCAGGGAGUGUACAGCUUCCAAUCUGGCGAGGGCUUUUUAAGGAUCCGAAAGAAAGGCGCUGUGGACCUGAAAGGGAGGCUAGGAGGUCCCUGGACGAAGUUCUGGCUGUCCACCCAAAGUGAGGGCACAGGCGCAGAGGUGGCCAACAUCGCUCUAUUUGGUAUUUCCAGUGGGCUUUGGCUUACCAUCGCGGCUGAUGGCUCUUUGGGAUCCAAUGUCUCGCGCUGCUGUGUGCAGCUGGAGCGCAAAUCCCGGCCCCCGGACAACGACAGACAGCCGCACAUGCCGCCAGAAACGCCUCCGGUGCCAGAUCUAGUGCCAGCACCAGAAACACCAGAGACCGAGGAGGAGCCGGAUUUGGACCCGUCAGUGUUUUGGCUGAAGGAGUUUCAAAAUCCCUCGGUUUUUGAGCUGAACUUUCCUCCUUUGCAUCCGCUGGACAGCUACCUGACCCAUGAGAUGGGCCGGGUGGAGGGUGUUUUGGACUUUGAAGUCAAUGAGCAACAGCUGCUGGCAGCCUGGGUGACGCUCCUGUGCCGCUAUGGCCGCGCGGAGGACGUUUUAGUGGCCGUGGCGCAGCCCGCCCAACCGGACGCAGACGCCGCGGCUGUGGACGUGGUGCGCUUGCCGGGGCUCGGGGACUGGUCGCUCUGCCGGGCGGCCGAGGUGGCCUCGGCCCGUCUCAGCGCCGCGCGCCAGGCGCGCGAAGUGGCGGCGGCCGGGGGCCAGCGCUUCCCGGUGCCGCCGGAGUGCCGCGUAGGCUUCGCCUUGGAGGCUGCUGCUGGGCUGGAGUGGAGGCCUUUCGGAGUUCAGGAGGUGCGACGGCUCAUGAUCCAGCUCGCCGCAAGACCUGCGCUGAGCUCAGGCACCUUCGAAUCCAUGCGGACCUCGGUGACGUUUCAGCAGGGCUUCAUCCAGACCUCCAUGGCGGAGCGGCUCCUUGGGCAUUUGCACACCCUCCUCAUGUCAGAUGUGGACAUCCCCUGCGCUCAGCUGGAGUUAUGCAGUGCGGAGGAAGAGCAGCAGAUCUUGCUCUGGAGCGACUGCCGCGAAGCUGAGAAAUAUGGAGACGGCUGCAUCCAUACUUCCUUCUUCGCGCAGUCUCAGCUCAGCCCAAACCAAACGGCAGUGAUCGAUGAGCCUCGGUCCUUGACGUACCGGCAGCUGGCUAUUGAGGCCAGCCACUUGGCCACCAAGCUGCUUUCGUGCAAGGUGAAGACGGACAGCCUGGUGCCACUCAUGGCGCAGCGCAGCCUGGAGAUGAUUUUGGGGAUCUUUGGGAUCCUCGUCGCGGGCGCUGGGUACGUGCCGCUGGAUUCGAAGUGGCCGGAUGACCGCGUGGCAGAAGUGAUCGCCCAAUGCUCGCCCGCAGCGGUUUGCGCGGGCCCGGGGUAUGUGGAGCGGCUUGCCAGCCUCGCCCAGGUAGUUGAGAUCCAGCUGGGCAAUCAUCAGCAGAUGCAUUUACCUGACAUUGAGGUGAGCAGCUCGGGUCUGGUCUACUGCUUCUUUACUUCCGGGUCCUCGGGGAAGCCCAAGGGGGUCAUGGUGAACCAUUGCGGCCUGGUCCACCGCAUCCAAUGGUUUCAAGAGCGUUGGCAGAUGCAACGAGGAGACUGUUGCAUCCUGAAGCACAGCUACACCUUCGGCCUGUCCGAGUGGGAGAUCUUUUGGCCGCUGACGGUGGGGGGCACGCUUGUCCUUUGCAAGCCAGACGGGGAGAAGGAUAUGGAGUACCUUUGGAAGCUUUCGGCGCAGUACCGGGUGCCUUGCCAGGUCUUUGUUCCAUCCGUGCUCCGCGCUUUGCUGGAGUAUGCGGAGCUUGAGGCGGAGGACUCCCGGCUCUGGCCGCUGUGGCCGGAUCUGCGGACCGUGAUCACCUGCGGGGAGGCCCUCCCCGCCAGCCUGGCCCAGCAGUUCUUCGACCUGCUGCCGGCGGCGCUGGAGAAUUUGUAUGGCCCCACGGAAGGGGAGAUGACGGUGUGGCAGUGCCCCAAGGGCCGUGUCUUGCAGAGCAUCCCCAUCGGUGCGCCCAUGGGGGGCUCCAAGAUCUUGCUGGGCACGCAGGGCGGCUUGGCGGCCAUCGGCGAGCCGGGGGAGAUCUUGUUUGGGGGAAGCUUCAUCGCGCGGGGGUACCUGGGGAUGCCCGAGCUCACCGCCGAGAAGUUCGUACCGGACAAGUUCGAGCCCGAGUUCCAGGAGUCCCAAGACGCGCCGUCCCGGCUCUAUUGUUCAGGGGACCUGGCCAGGUGGGGCAUGGGCCGGGACGGGGAAGGCGUGAUGGAGUUCCUGGGGCGCAGCGACUUCCAGGUGAAGCUGCGGGGCUUCCGGAUCGAGCUGGGGGAGAUCGAGGAGGUGCUGCGUGGUGCCAACAAGGCGGCCGUGGUCACCGUGGCGGGCCAGGGCUCGCAGCAGCGGCUGGUGGCCUAUGUGGUGGACCCAAAGGCGAUGGAUUCGAAUGCCAAGGAGGUGGAGGCUUCUGUGUGUGGGAUUUGUGCGGGCAGACUGCCGGCGUACAUGGUGCCGAGCCAGGUGGUGUUGCUGGAGAGCUUGCCGAGGACGGCCAGCGGCAAGGUGGACAGAAAGGCCUUGCCAGCUCCGCCGGAGAGCUUCGGGGAGGGCUCGGUGGCAGUUGUGGCCCCACGGGGUCCUCUGGCAGCUUUGGAGUCGCGGAUCCGGGAGGUUUGGGCGGAGGUCCUGGACAAAGAGGCUUCCGCCUUGAGCGUGGAGGCUGAUUGGCUGCUGGUGGGGGGCAACUCCCUGCUGGCGGGCCGCGCCACCUCCUUGCUGCGGCAACGGCUCGCUGUGCAGCUGCCAGGCACCACGAUGUACACUCACAGCACCAUCGCCCGCCUGGCGCAGCUCGCGGACUCCUUAGGCGCCUCUGCUUCGGAGGCAGAAGCGGGAGCGGGCGAUGCCGAGCAAUGCAAGCAGCUGGUCCGAGGAAGAGACCGCUACAAGGGCCUCAGCUCGAGGACCUGGCGCAGCUGGAUGUUGCAGAUCUUGGUCUCCGUGGCUGGGCUUUGCCUGGGCGACACGGCCUCCUGGGCCUUGCGGGGCUUGGCGCUGUGGAGCCUCUACGAGGCCUUAGGCGACCCUGCGGGCACCUGCGCAGCUGGAGAGGCGGUGAGGUUCAACUGGAUGGCCUUCCUGGCCGGCACCGCCUUUCUGCUGGGGGCCAUGGUGGGGCUGGAGGCGUGCUUCUGCGUGGCCGCAAAGUGGCUCCUCGUGGGGCGUUUGGAGCCCGGCCGCUUCCCGGUCUACAGCGGGCCGUAUUUCAGGUGGCUUUUUGGUCGGCACUUGGUCGAGAAGUGCCGGGACCGCGUGUCCGAGUUCACAUCAGGCACAUCUCUGCUGGUGCGCUUUUACCGUGCCCUCGGCGCCCAGAUUGGGCAGCGGGUGGAUCUCAACGACCCGGAGCUUGAGGAACCGGACUUGAUCAUCAUUGGGGAGGACGUGGAAAUCCAUCACGCCCGCCUCGGCACCUCAGGCUUGGUGGACGGCGAGCUGCUGCUGGGCACUGUGGAGGUGGGCUCCAAUAGCCGGAUUUUGCCGCGGGCCAUGGUGGUGAUGGGCUCCCAGAUCCCCGCAGGUUCGGAGGUGGCUCCCAUGUCCACCACCAGCGGCUGGAUGGGGCCGGUGGGGGCCUUCUGCCCGUUAACGAAGUCCUCCAUCGGGAAGUUCCAGCACUGGCAGCUCCAGGACCAUCUGCGGAUAUUUCUUGGCCUGCCGUGGUUGCUGCUGCUUCAUAGCCUUCCGGUCUUGAUGGUGGUGAUUGGCCUGGAACAGCUUUGGUUGAGCGGCUGGCGCUUGCUCUUUGGGAUUGCGUUGCUGCUCGUCCGCCAGGCCUAUGCCCUGGGGUUCCUCUUCCUCACGAUCUUGCAGAAGCGUUUCCUCGUGGGUCGUUUGGGGCCGCAGGCGCCGGGGGAGGUUUGCGCCGAGGGCUCCUGGGCCUGGCACUGGGAGGAGUUCCGCGUGUGGCUCCACGAAAUGGCGGUGGCGGCCCGCGCCUUCGAUGACGCCGUGGACCCCUUCGUGGGCACGGAGAUCCUGUCGUGCUUCUACCGGCUCCUUGGUGCCUCCAUCGGCCGGCGUGUGCAGAUGGACAACGUGUACCUUGCAGAGCACGACUGCCUCGUGGUGGAGGAUGACGUAGUCUUCGGGUCCGUGGUGUCCGUGCACUGCGGGGAGGUGCGGCGGGAGGUGCGGCUGUACCGCGGCUCCAACGUCUUGGACCACGCGGUGCUCCUGGGCGGCGCCUUGGUCGGGGAGCGCGCGGUGCUGGGCUCCGCGUCCCUGGCGCCGGAGGACGCCUACUUCCCCCCGGAGAGCGUGAGCACCGGGCAGGUUGGUGGUAGACCUGUGCGUCUCCGCUUCCAAGCGGCCAGUGGCGAGCAGGCGGCCGAGUGGGAAGCCCUGCGCAGGCUCAACUCUGCGUGGUUCUGGGUCGGCAACGCCGCAAUGGUGGCAGCCGCAUUGCUGUGCAGCCCUGUGCCUGCGUACCAGUGCAUGCUGACGUACCAGAUCUACCAGGUGGUCUGUCAAGUGGUGCCCUGGCCCCUGGCGGUCGCUGCGCUGCCGGCGCUCUUUGCCGCGUCUGCGGCGGCGGUGCUGGCGGCCAACUGGGCGCUGAAGCAGGUGCUCAUCGGCGAGUACCGGGCUGGAGGCUACGCUUUCUUCGGGUCUCUUCACCUGAGCUGGAUGGCCAUGCUGAUUUGGUCCACUGCCAUGGAGGAGGUGACCCCACUUUUGGCCCAUGCCCAGGACGCCUUGGACGCGCUGCAGGGAACCGAGCUGCUCAGCAUGUACUUCCGGGCCAUGGGCGCGAAGGUGGGUCAGAACUGCUGCCUUUUCGGCCUGGCCUUCGAGUACGACCUGCUGGAGGUUGGGGACUUCUGCUGCAUCGGCUGGGAGUGCGACACCACGUGCCAUACCGUGGAGAACAUGGUCAUCAAGCUGGCACCCACUGUGCUGGAAAGCUUCACCUCCAUGCUGCCGCACUCCAUGGUGUCCCCGGGCGCCACGCUGCACGAGGGCGCGGUGGUGCUGGAAAACUCCCAGGUGCUGAAGGGCGAGGCGGUGCCUUGCGACGAGGUCUGGGCGGGGCUGCCUGCGUCCAGCUGCGAGCUCCGAGCCAAAGAGGUCAAGGAGGUGAAGGAGGUGAAGGAGGAGGGCACGGAGGCCACUGAGAAGGCGCAGGAGAUUUCCGCGGAGAUCAAGGACACCAAGGUUGAUGCAAAAGAGCGCCGGGCUCGCCUGAAGGAUUGGGACAUCGUGUCGUUUGGCAACAAGGCCUUUCUGGUUGAGAAGCUUUGGAACAGCUGCUUCACCUUCCAAGUGUACGACGAUGCGCCUCGCGGGCACCUGCGCAUCCGCAACGGCCAGGUGGACUUCAACGGCGGCCGUGGGAAGUUUGCACAGUUCCGGGCCGUCAAGAGCGAUGGCCUCACACUGCAGAAUGUGGGCACCGGCCUCUUCUUGCAUGUUGAGGGCGGCAGGUUUUCGGGCCGAGCGGCGCCGUCGGUGUUGGACAUCUCCGUGCUCGGCAAGGCUCAGUUGACUGCCAAGCUGCAGAAAGAGCGGGAGCUGGAGGAGGCGGAUCUGAUGUUCGGCGAGAAGCGCCGGAAAGCGGCAUAUGCCCUGCAGUCAUCUCGUUAGAAACUAACGCUUGUCUCUUCAGUGGCUGGCACCAGGCCGGUCAUUUUAUGCACAAGCUGUAGCCACAUGCUGGCGAACAACGUCAGAUUGAUU